ACCUUGAAGCAAGUCGACGAACAUGCAGUGUCGGUGUCGCAACUGCAACAAAAGAGCUUCAUUCAACUCAUCUGGCAACUCAUCUACGCGCGGAACAUCACCUCGGAGAUGGAGCGUGUGAGAGCUAUAUUCCUUUGGCUUUGUACCAAGGAUUUGAGCAAAAUGAACUUCGAAAAUGUCAAGCCUGACUCGCCCGAGCAGAUCCUUAUGGACAUUCGAACGAAAAAGACGUCCUAUGCUCAGGCCUUCUUCACCCUCUGUCGGUAA